AAAAACACAAGUAGAGAAUUAUAACCAAAAAUCAGGAAGGCGAAAAGGAUGGUGAAAGCGGUGGUCGGAGAAGAAACUCAACUUAAUUCCGUCGAAGACCGCCUCAGCCAUUCCGGUCUCACUUCCCAGGUAGGGUUAGUGAUUGGAAAAGUAAGUAAAACUUUGGAUAAAGCUUUUGUCUUUGAUUUAAUCCCCACGCCGCUUAACGAUUCCGGUAAUCCUGCUUCAUGGAUCACUGAAAACAAAGAUGAUCUUAGUAAUAAGAAGAAAGGUGGAUCGAAACCGAAAUCUCAGUCGGAUUCUUCUUCGGUUUUGUCGAUCGAUAAGGAGUGGGUGGCCGAACAUGCCCGUCAGGUUUCGAGAAUGCUAGUUGGUGGCAUGAAAGUGGUUGGCAUCUACAUAUGGGUGAAUGAAAGCUUGUUCAAGAAUUCGACUUUAGUUCUUUGCCAGGCUGUAAAAGGAGUUGCAGACGCAGCACCUUUAAGGGAUUCUGGGUGGGACGAGAGACUGCUCAUUCAUAUAAACCUUAGUCCAAGGAGGUGGACAUGCCGAAAUUGCUCAUUGUCUUCAAAUAUUACCUCAAGCAGUCUACGGCCAUGUGAUUUCAAAAUGGGAAGAGUUUUAUCUACCCUUCAGAAGUUUAAAUGCAUUUACAACUUUGAGAUCAGGUUCCCAAUAUUCCGUGACAAUACUUCAAUUGCUGCUAAAUUUUCUGGAAUUCUUCGUGAUGUAAUAUCAAGUCAUGCUGAAGAACUUGAAGGGGCUAAGGCUUUAAUUGAUGGAAAUAUGGUGAAUGUAGAUGAGCUAUUGGCAUUUGAUGGUCUGCAUGAAGUUGAAUUUCUUAUACCUUUUAUGCAGCAUACAUCUUUUAAAGCAUACAGUCCAGUGGAGGUUGUUGGUAUUCUGGUCUUUACUGGCUCCAUCUGUUCCUUCGCAUAUUCAAAUUCCAAAGAACCAAUCUCACAAGCUUUGGCUGAUAUAAAGGGAGACAUUAUUUCAAGCCUGCACAGUAGGUUAGAUAUCAUCUGUGAUGAGGCUGAUGGGCAAUUGGAUUCAGUCGCAGAUGAUGGUGGGGAAUCAGUUAACGGAAUUUCAACUCAGAUUCCUAUACCGCAGCUUCAACUACAGUCAUUAAGUAAACAAUGUAGUCUUGUUUUCCCUCGAAGAGUUUUUGUUCCAUGGCUGGGUGAUACAUAUAUAUGCGACUACAUACAACCUUCUGAAACACUUGAGGUGCUAAGAGACCGUUGUGUGGAAUUGAUGUCGAUGGAGGCUCCAACGGAUACAACAGUUAUUUUGGAGCCAGAAGCAGAAUCUACAAGCUCCAUAACAUUCUCCGCCAAUCCCUUUUGGGAAGCAGCAAUGCCGUUGUCCCCAGAUCUUACGCCGUCAUCCUUAAACAAUAAAAAGGGUGAUAAAAGCUCCGUGGCUGGGAAACAACUAAAUAAAUCCAGUAAUAUUAGCAUCACAGCUGCCCUUAUAGUUCUUAUCCUAUCUGUUUUAGUAGGUGUUAUGGUCUUUGCUUUCAAGACAUAAGAAGCGGAUGAUCUUGUAUUUUCCCCCUUUAAUGUGAAUUAUAAUCAAGUACUUUUGUUGUGUCAUAAUAUAGAAGUGGUGUUAGUAUAGUCCCAAGUAUUAACAAAACUGCAUCAAAUUGUAGAUUAUCCAGGAUUCCAGGCUUUUUAAUGUUCCCAUUUUGAGCUU